ACCAGGCUCCGCGACUGGAGGGCCAGAGAAAUCCGGACCCGAACUGUGUCUGAAGUACCUCCGAAGUGGGCUAGAUCGCGGGUACAAGGGGUGGAGGUCGCGCAGCACGGGCGUGGGGGAGUGAGGGGACUGGAGGAAGCCACAGGAGUGAGAUGACCUCCAUCUUGCGCAGCCCCCAGGCUCUCCAGCUCACUCUGGCCCUGAUUAAGCCCGAUGCAGUGGCUCACCCACUGAUUCUGGAGGCUGUUCAUCAGCAGAUCCUGAACAACAAGUUCAUCAUCGUGCGGAGGAGAGAACUUCAAUGGAGAAAGGAAGACUGCCAGAGGUUUUACCAGGAGCAUGAAGGGCGUUUUUUCUAUCAGCGGCUGGUGGAGUUCAUGGCCAGCGGGCCUAUCAGAGCCUACAUUCUCGCCCACAAGGAUGCCAUCCAGCUUUGGAGGACACUGAUGGGACCCACCAGAGUAUUUCAGGCACGCCACACAGCCCCGGAUUCCAUUCGUGGGAGUUUUGGCCUCACUGACACCCGCAACACCACUCAUGGCUCAGACUCUGUGGCCUCAGCCAGCAGAGAAAUUGCAGCCUUCUUCCCCGACUUCAGUGAGCAGCGCUGGUACGAGGAGGAGGAGCCCCGGUUGCGCUGUGGCCCUGUGUGCUAUAGUCCAGAGGGAGGUAUCCAUUGUGCAGCUGGGACAGGAGGCCCAGGCCCAGCUUGAUGGACAUGUCAGUCCAGGAAGGCCCCUGGCUGGGACCAAGGUGCCCUCUCUGCUGUGCACCACUACCUUCCAGAGAGCCUGGCUCAUCACUACAAACGCUCCAGCACCUUGCUGUCUGUCUACCUCUUCUCUAGAAUGUUCAUGGAUGGCACAAAAGAACAGAUUCCUUUUUGCUGACAUGUUCUUUCUUCAAGAAGGAGCAGGCCUAAUUGCCUUACCUAAAAAAUGUCGUGACUGGGGACCGGUGCAAUGCCCUAGCGGCUAAAGUCCUUGCCUCAAACACGCCAGGAUCCCAUAUGGGCACCAGUUCUAAUCCUGGCAGCCCCGCUUCCCAUCCAGCUCCCUGCUUGUGGCCUG